GGGAGGAUUUGAAUCAGUUUUUCUUCAAGUGCGCUUUCGACAAACCGCGUGGUGCCCGCGUUUAAGCCUUUUGUGAAGAACGUUCUUUUUGUGUGCAAUUCAACUGUGAUUUAACUUUGUGCAUUCGUUUUUAGUUGUGUUUUUUUUUGGUAGUUUGUUUGCUAAUUCAUAACAUUCGUUUAUAACAUACUAUGACCACAUACACCGAUAAAGGACCCAAACCGGACGGUGGAAAGUUUCUUUCAUUCGAUCACAUCACAUUCUACGUGGGCAACGCCAAACAGGCGGCCAGCUACUAUACGACCCGCUUCGGAUUCGAGGAUUACGCGUACCAGGGUUUGGAAACUGGCAGCAGACAGCUGGUCAAGCAUGCCGUCCGCCAGAAUCGGAUCGUGUUCGUGUUUGUGUCGACCUACGAACCGGGCCAUCGUGAACUCGGAGAUCAUCUGGUACGACACGGAGAUGGAGUUAAGGAUGUUGCUUUCGAGGUAGAGGAGCUGGACGUGAUUGUGCGCCGUGCCAAGGAACGGGGCGCGAAAGUGGUGCGCGACGUAUGGGAAGAAUCGGACGAGCACGGUACGGUACGGUUUGCGACGGUGCAAACGUACGGCGAUACGGUGCACACGUUCGUCGAGCGCCAUCGCUACCGGGGAUUGUUUCUGCCCGGAUACAAAGCACCAUUACAUCAGGACGUUUUGCUCCGCACGCUACCGACGGUUGGUUUGAACUUUAUCGAUCACGUGGUGGGCAAUCAGCCGGACUUGCAGAUGGAAUCGGUUGCGGCCUGGUACGAGAAGAUGCUGCUGUUCCACCGUUUCUGGUCGGUGGACGAUAGCCAGAUUUAUACGGAAUAUUCUGCACUGCGUUCGAUCGUAAUGACAAACUAUGAGGAAACGGUUAAAAUGCCAAUCAAUGAACCGGCCAAGGGUAAGAAAAAGUCCCAAAUCGAAGAGUACGUCGAAUACUAUGGUGGUGCCGGUGUGCAACAUAUUGCGCUUAACACUAGCGACAUUAUCGGUGCCAUCCGUAAUCUUCGUGCGAGAGGCCAACAGUUCCUCUCCAUCCCGGACACGUACUACGAUCAGUUGCGCCAGCGGCUCAAGUCAAGCAGCGUGAAGAUUAAGGAAGAUCUUGCCGUACUGCAGGAGUUGAAAAUUUUGAUCGAUUACGACGAGAAUGGGUAUCUGUUGCAGAUAUUCUCCAAGAAUAUGCAGGAUCGACCGACACUGUUUAUUGAAGUGAUUCAACGAAACAACCAUAACGGUUUUGGUGCUGGCAACUUUAAGGCACUGUUCGAAGCGAUCGAAACGGAACAAGAAAAGCGAGGAAACUUGUAAAAGGGCAACGCGGAAUCAGACACGACUGGAAUGAUAUAUUUUGUAUGCAAACGUGCAUUCUCUUUGUUUCAGCAAUGUAAAAUGUAACAUUAAUAAACGUAUAUAAAAGUUGUGCAUUUUAA